AUAGAGCAAAUAUGGCGGUUUUCAGUUGGUGGAAAAACGUAGAUAACUUUAUAUUUUCAACCUGAUGGCUACGAAGAAAAUAUACUUACAAGAAGAGCAGAUCCUCAAACUAGUACUACAGUUUCUCAGUUCUAGAAAAUAUUAUAAGUCCGCUAGAUCGCUGGAAAAGGAGACAGGAGUGAAUACUAAUCCUUACUCAGAGAACAUCAAUUUUUUUCGUGAUUUAGUACUAGAUGGCGAUUGGGCAGCUGUUAGAGAAUUUGGCGAACCGUUAGCUGACAUUCCUGCCUUUGAGUACCUUAGAUUUAACUUUCUUGUUACAAAGCAAGAAUAUCUAGAAAUAUUAUUUGAAAAAUGCGAGGGAAACUCUAUCAAGGAUGAACAAGUUCUGCGGGACAGAUUAUUAGUCUGCCUUAAGAAUUUAGAACGGUAUUGUAAAUUUAAGGAAGAGUACAAUAAACUAUACUGGUAUUUGUCUGUACCAUCUCUUCGCACAGAACCAGAGUUUUGUGACUGGAGUAUUGAUUAUUCAAGGAUGCAACUUUUUGAAGAAAUGCUAGUUCUAUUAAAACAAUUUAUUCCUGUUGAAGAGCAAAAUUUUGCCAACAAUACUUUAGGAUCAGACGAUAGAUUAACAACACUCUUGUUUAAAGGUUCGCUUUAUGAAAACUGUAUUGAGUUAUGUCAGAAACAAGCAAUGGGAAAGACGACUUUGUCUGAUGUGUCAUCUGCAGAUAUAAAAAUUGACUUCUUUCGAAAGCAGUCACUCAAGAGUGCUGGCAAUUUUUACUCAUGGCUGCAUAGUCUUUCAAAAGAAAGCUUUGUCGAGGCCUUUGAGGAACUCAAUUUUGACCUCUGUUUUCAGAAAUUCAGACAGAAUAGAGAUAGAGUUGAUGUCAAAAAUAACUCUCUUAGUCGAAGUUUGACAAUUGAGAUGAAGUCACCUGGUAAAGUUUUUUCACAAAGAGGUAAAGAUGAGAGACGAAAGCGCUUUAGUGAUUUAUCUUCAUCGAAGCAAACCAUAUUAGAUUUUGAUGUGCGAGAUGUCUCACAAUCAUUUGCAGAGUUUGAGAUUCUGGACAAGACAAAUGAUAGAUCAGGAAUCUCAAACACAACCCAAAGACUGACCUCGAACAAAAAUCACGAAGUAUUUUUGAGAAAUGGUGAAAUAUAUCCAGAUGUACCUGGUGGUAAUGCAUUGAAUGUUUCAUCAAGUAAAGGAGCACAAUCACCAAGGAAAGCUCGUCGUGAUCAACAAAGUUCAGUUUUACAGCAGCUAGAAGAACACAAACAACGUCAAAGAGAGUUAUAUGACCAAUUAGCUGAAAGUGCAAGUCUUGCAAAAGAAAAUGGUAGGAUCAAAGAUUCAAAAAAUACAGAGGCUUUUCCUGAUGAGUCUGCUGCAACUAGAGGUUUAGAUGCUGUUAAAAAGAGCAUUCAAAACUUGAGGUUAUUGACAGAAAAUUUUGAAAGCCCUAAGGUUCCACAAACUGCUCAAACAGAUCUUAAAGAUGAAGUGUUCAGAUUGAGUGAAAUUAAUGAUCAUAAACAAAGGGAUAAGAUGAAUCAGGAAGGUGUACUGACUCUGGAAGGGACUUGCCCUGAUACAAACAGUCUCCCAAAUGAAAUGUUGAGAAAAAAGAGUUCAUCAUCAACACCAGGGUCAGCAGGUGCCCCCAAGACUCCUGUGAACACUUGCUUACCCCCUGGCUUGGUAAAGUUAACUGAUGGUUCUGGAGCUUUUAAUACUAGCACACCUAAAGCUGGCCGUCAAACAUUCACCACGCCAUUACCAGCAUCCCCAGUUACAACCGAACAAAUAUUCUCACGACAUGAUGUGCCACUUCGGCAAUCCCAACAACCAAAAAAGAAUCCUUUAGAAGAUGAAAGUACCCCACCCGAUGCAAAUAGUGAACAAACGCCAAAAAUAUCUGGUGUAAAGCCGUUUGCUGUAAGACGAUCUUUGGAAAAUACUGUUUUCCAAACUGAAAACAACGAAGGAGUCGGACCUAAACCUUUCGCGAAUGCAAAUGAUGCCGAGGACUCAAGACUUCAAGCUAUUUCGACUAAUAGAGUCACCGAUCAACACAUUUCUCGUCACUCUUCCGCAACUGUAGAAAAUGAUCCGAAAUAUUCAAAGUACCAGAAUUAUUCUGCCUCAAAUAGUCGCCACAGUGCGAUGAAGGAUCCCCAUUUUCCUAGACCGGCUCACACUGAUGUUAACGAGCCAAGAUUUCAAAAUAUUUCCCGCAUUACUCCUGGUAACAAUUCUAGUCAGUCGUCAGUGGUUGUUGAAAGUAUUCCUCAUAACUCAAGGUAUCAGAACCAUUCUACACCAAAUAGUGCGAUGACGAAUGCUCGUUCUCCUCGACAAAUACAGCCUGAUACAAAACAUUCACGAUCUCAAGACACAUCCAUCUAUUCCAAACCUUGUAAAACAUUUACCAUUGAAAAUAGGGAAGAACUACUUCAAGAAUCUAGCAACGUUCCGCUCCACUUUCACAAGUCAGCAAAGUUAGCUGACACCCAAGCGAUACGUGCCGUAGCCUUUCAUCCCAAUGGAAAAUACUUUGCUGUCGGAACGAACUCAAAAGCGCUUAAGAUUUGCUGCAAGAAUGUAUCUCCUUCGUAUUUUGAUGGGAAUGAACAGGACACCCCAGAUCUUGAGGUUGUUUGUCAAAAAACCUCGAUACACAAGGGUUCUGUGUACUGUGUUGCGUUCAGUUCAAAUGGAGACAUCAUUGCCACAGGCUCUAACGACAAGACAGUGAAACUUUUAAGAUUUGACGAAGAUAAUCCAGUAAGUCUAGAAGAUCAGAUGGACUUGGUAGUACACAAAGGAACUAUUAGAGAUCUGACGUUUGUUAACACAGCUGCGGGCAGUCAUCCUGUUUUAGCAUCGGGCGGUGCAGGAGGUGGUCUUAUAUAUUUAUCCGACUGCUACACUGGGCAGACUUAUUCAUCACUGCAAGGGCAUUCUGGAAACAUUAUGGCGGUAUUUGCUAGCAAUCAAGCUCACUUACUGUGCUCCGGGUCAGCGGACAAGACUGUUAGAUUGUGGGAUCUGAGAGUAGCAAAAUGUAUCGACAUGAUAGCAACCAGCAGCUGUGUGACGUCAGUGUGCCUCAGCGAUGGUACAACAAAAUCUCUGUUGUUAGCUUCAGCGGAUGAGAACGGCCAAUGCAUUGUCUACGAUGUUGGAGCAAGGAAAUCUAUCAUUGCAUUUAAUCCUCACGAGAUGGACUGUAGAUCAAUUCGAUUCUCCCCAGACUCCCGACACAUCCUCACGGGUUCCUACGAUUCCUGCGUGUCAAUCACGGCUGUUGAACACAACAACAGCAGCAAGAUACUUUCAGAGACCUUCGUCGUUGGCAGACACAUAGACAAAGUCAUACAAUGUCGUUGGCACCCGAGUGAGCGUUCAUUUCUUAGUACAAGUGCUGAUAGAACUGCUGUCCUGUGGGAACAAACCACAAGGUAAUAAAUAAUAUAAGAAUAAUACUAGAACGGCAGCGAUUCACUUUCAGUAACAAUUGCUCAUUGUUGUGUUCCGCACGUUUUGCGCAUUUCGGUAAGAAUGUACCAAAAUGACUAAACUCCCUUUGGGUUUCACAUUUUUGACGUACGUUCCCACUCCAGUUAUCAUGGCGUAUAUGGAGCUCGCUGGUAUGAAAUUUGCGGGUUUCAAAUCUGCUGGUAUGAAAUCUGCGGGUUCAUUUGUAAAUUCUUUCGCAAAUGAAAGACGCAUAGAUUUAAGCUUGUUAAAACCAGAAAGAAUGGCAAAUAUGAAAUGCCGUUAUGGCAGCGCCGGAAUUCACAAUCCUUGACCCAGUCUUUUGACGUCAUGCUGUUUGUGUUGUCAAAAACGUCACUUGCUCAAGGCUAAGCUCACUAUUUAAUACGGUAAUAUUCCCGCGGUUUUUUCUCGGCUAAGUUAGUAAUUCAAUGAGCCAUCCGGUUUUAAACAUAUCAGUGUAAAGUACAAAAAUCUGGGUACAAAGAAUAAAACGGAGUACAAAGCAAAGGUACAAAGCUGUACCAUAGCAACCUGUUUUAAAAUAACAAAAGCUGCGUUGUAUUGCUAAGCCUGUGUUGCAAACGUGAAAUUCUUUGUUGACUUGAUGCCUGCGAAUAAUGCUUCAACAACGGUCUCAAUACGUCUGUUCAUAUAACUAUUUAUAGAACUUAAUAUUUAAAGAAUGUAUAUCACCUCAUUAAUUAAAAUAUAUAUCAUAAAAUUAUUUAAAUAUAUUAACAUUAUUAACCGUAUGUGUGUAACCAGUGGUGUAACUGAAUUUCU